GUCUCCAACGGUUAACCAUGGAGGAUGCUCCAACGCGUAGUAUGAAUAUAUACAGGUACUCGUGGGGUCAAAGACGACCUGGAUGGAGCGAACUGACGUCAUCAACAUCACAUUCAUUUCAGCUGAGCUGCCCUAGUGGUAGUGAUUGUGAUUGUGAAUGAACUUGAAGUACACGUUCACGCGCAUGGCUGAUUUUGAAGUAUGCCCAUAAAUUUAGCGGCAUUGUCGAUCUUGACGACGCGGGGGGGGGGUAGUGCACUUCCUAGACUGUUUUCGUAUCGUGACGUGUGUACUCUCUCACCGCGAUCUGAGCUGCACGCGAUGCAGCACGGCAUAAACUCAUCAGAGAAUCUGGAUCCCGAAUUACUGCUGGUGUCGUCGGAUCACAGCAAGGGUACAUAGAUGUGCACAUGACAAUGUACAUGUACAUGUACAUCAUGCAAUACAUAAGCGGGGAAUAUCACUGUCAAAGUCGGCAAGGGGCGGAGCCUCGCAUUAUGAUAAGGCAAGUUUAGGCGCGCAGGCGCGGCAGGCUGUGCACUAGCUAGUUGUACACACAUGUACACGUACAUGUACAUAUAGCAGGGACACUUGCACCGCAUCGAGAAGCAUUCGUUCAACGGAUUUGUAACGUACCUCAAGUGUACAUAUAUGCUGCACUUGUGCCAAUUAAGUGUGAUUUCUCAAGGUUGAAUCGAACACGUGGGAAAAAUCAAGCGAAAUGGCCGGCGCAUCAGAGACAGACAAUUUCCACGGCAAUUCUGUGGAGAACGGCCAUGCCAGUCGCACCAAUAAGGAUUUGAGCGAUCUGGACGGCGAUCCUGUCGUGGCGGCUGACCUGCCGGUUAAGAGCUCAGUCGAGGAGCGGGAGCAGUGGAGCAGCAAGUUGGACUUUCUGCUCGCCUUGAUCGGUUUCUCCGUGGGCCUCGGCAAUGUGUGGCGGUUUCCUUAUCUCUGCUUCAAAAACGGUGGAGGUGCAUUUCUCAUCCCUUACUUGAUAUGCCUGGUGAUAGGUGGGGUACCACUCUUGUUGAUGGAGCUUGGACUGGGCCAAUUCAUGGCCCAGGGAGGCAUAGGCGUCUGGAAAAUAUCUCCUUUGUUCAAAGGUAUUGGUUUGGGAAGCGUGGUUAUCCUGAUACUCCUUGACAUCUAUUACAACAUCAUCUUGGCCUGGGGGAUCUAUUACAUGUUCAUGUCUUUCACCUCCGUCCUACCGUGGUCGCACUGCGGCAACGACUUCAACACCUAUACUUGCAGGGACCCAAACUUGAUUGGGGUCCCCGGCUCCACGUUUUGGGUCUGCGACCACUUUUGGCUAAAUGAGACCCUCCCACCAUUGCCCUCUGACUCAGUGAAUGUCUCUGAGGCCCUGCAGAACUGCACUGAUCUGGAGGGUAUCAACCGGACGAGUUCUGUCACCGAGUUCUGGGAACGUAAGAUCCUUCAAAUACAUCUUUCUGAGGGGCUCCACGACAUCGGAUUACCUAACUGGCAGUUGACCCUUUGCCUUCUCCUGGCUUGGGCGUUGGUGUAUUUGUGCGUUUUCAAGGGUGUGAAAAGCUCCGGAAAGGUGGUAUAUUUCACGGCUACGUUCCCGUACAUCCUAAUCACCAUCCUGCUGGUCCGUGCAGUGACGCUGGAGAACGCAAAGGAGGGACUGCUCUAUUACGUAAAACCAGACCUCAAUCGUCUCGCAGAUGGGCAGACCUGGCUGGAUGCUGCCACUCAAAUUUUCUUUUCCUACUCCCUGGGGUUGGGUAACAUGGCUGCCCUUGGGAGCUACAACAGUUUCAACCAUAACUUCUUCAGGGACGGUGUCAUCUUUGCAAUAGUCAACAGCUUCACAAGUAUCUAUUCAGGAAUUGUCAUCUUCUCCGUGCUGGGAUUCAUGGCAGGACAGCAGGGAGUCCAGGUGUCAGAGGUAGCCAAAUCGGGUCCAGGACUGGCCUUCAUUGCCUACCCAGAAGCUGUGGUCCAAAUGCCCGUUGCCCCUCUCUGGGCCGUCCUCUUCUUCUUCAUGCUUCUCCUACUUGGCAUUGAUAGUGAGUUUGUGGGCGUGGAAGGCCUGGCGACCGCCAUUGUAGACUCCUUCCCCAGUCUCCGGAAGGGCAAGCGACGUCCCCUGUUUGUGUUGGCAAUGUGCAGUGUUCUGUUCCUGGCGGGCAUUCCAAUGACGUGUUACGGUGGUAUGUACCUUUUCCAGCUGUUUGACAACUAUGCGGCCAGUGGGUUUGCUCUGCUCUGGGUGGCUUUCUUUGAGUCUGUGGUAAUCGGCUGGGUGUAUGGAGCCGACAAAUUCUAUGAUGAUUUCCAGAAGAUGUUGAACUGGCGCCCAAACCCCUACCUGAAAAUCUGCUGGAUGUUCCUUACACCCGCAUUCACCAUGGGAAUAUUCAUCUUCAGCUGUGUAAGUUACUCACCUUUGAUCUACAAUGACUAUGAGUAUCCCCCGUGGGGACAAGCUCUGGGUUGGCUGAUGGCUACAGCCUCCAUGGUGCAGGUUCCCAUCUUCUUCAUCUACAAGAUGCUGACCACAACAGGAUCACUCCGGGAGCGCUGGACCUACUUAACCACUGCCAAACUGCAGGCUCAUCAGAUGGAGAGUUACAAGGAGGACACCCCCAUGGCAAACGAACUGAUGAUGGUCCCCUCUGCACCUCCCGUGGUCAGCAGCGAGGAACCCCCGUCUUAUGACGCCACCAUGAACGUGGAGAUGGCCGAGAAAGGAGGGCUCCUUUUAGAUCACAGCAGCUGAGUAUAGUGCUUGCCAACCGUGAUGAUGGGGGAGGGGGGUCAGGGGAAUUCCCCAUGACAUCACCAGUGCUGCCCCAACAACCCUCCUCUAUCAUCUCUAAACCCACCAACACAACUACCACCACCAUUGUCGUCAUCUCAUUAUCAUCAAUGUAUUCUCCUUCCAUCUGCAUCAUCCACAUCGGCAUCACCAACUCCUCUUCCAACCUGCAAAUCAGCUUUUCUGCUACAUCGGCUGAUGUUUUCUGCGAGUUUUCAGUCAGGCCAGACUCUUGCAUACCAACAGUGGUAGAUGAACACACUUGAGGCUGUACAGACUAGGAGUUUUGUUGUUGAGGUGUCAUGUCGUAGGUAACAUCCCAAUAAACUCUAUUGCCAUUCAAAUUGUCGUAUUUGAAAUCAAAAUCUCUGGACGGAGUCAUAGAAUUCUGUUUUAUUCUCUGAAAGGGUUUCCCCUUUUUAUCACUUCAUCAUUUAACUAAUCUACAUCCACUCUUCAUCCUUUACGGGGAAAGCUAUUUAGUUUCUCUAGCAAACUUGCACCCACUUUAUUUGAUCUUGUUCUAUACUGUUCUUACUUUUUUAAUGUAAUGUAUAGGAAACACAAUAAAUGUACAUAUUACCUUUCACAACGGUGUGUCAGUCAGUCAUGGACCAAGAUGGAUGCUCAUUCUUCAUGUUUGCAGUUUCUAUUCAUGGAAAGUUGUUCCGUCCUGCAAUUCAACUUUUCUGCAGGAGUUGGCGAGGGGGGGAGCUGCAUAUAUCUGAAUCGUUAUCAAGGUCCUUUGCAUAAUUAUCAAACCAAUUUUUUUUCCAAAACCCUGUAUGGUUUCCAGUCUUGAUGAUGAUAUACGUCAUUCUUCAACCACUUGACAUUACUGGAAAAUUGAUUUCAGUUUGAGAGAUGUUUUCAAACAACUUUUUUCUCCUUUAGUUUUUGUAUUAGUUUUAUGUUGAUAUGCAAUGGAAGUUUCAAGGGUUAUUUAACUUUCUAUAAAAAUGCAUCAGUCAGUAUUGUGUUCGGAUAUAUAGCUUUAUAAAUGCAAUCAUUAUUUUGUUAUUGACUACUUUUCUUGUAGACAUCAGUUAUCAAGACAGAUUGAAUUUGUGACAUUUAACUUGUGUUGGGGUUUUAGGGGGGAGUGUGGGCUUGUUGGUUUUUUGGGUGGGAGAGUGUGUGGUUGUUGUGUUGUUUGGGGAGAGUGUGGGGUUGUUGUGUUUUGCUUUGGGGCUGUUUGUGAUUCAGCGAUAUCCUCUUCCUGCAUUUUGUGAGAAUAACAAAAAUGUUUGGAACAACAUUUGCAGAAGAAAUUUAAUGGAAAGAGGAUGUGGUGGUAUGGGGGAUGAUUUAGUUUUAAACUCGUAAGCACCAAGUCAGUUUCCUUAGAUAGUUUGUUUCAUAGUUGUAGACUUGUUGUUUCUGUUUGACAUUGACUGUCAGGAUGUAGCCCUUCCCCUAAAUACAAGUUACUGCCUGGAAUCUGGAAAAGACAGUUGGGCAGCCACAUUUAAAUCACAUUCAACAUUCAGCAAUCGUUGGUGUGCAUUGGUGUACAGACGUGUCAUACAUAGUGUGGACCUCUGCACAAAAGAAGUCCACAUAAUGUAGGGUACGAUGGCAUUGUGUGGACUUGCACAUGUCCACACAAGGUUCCCCCUCUCUGGGAAAAAGGGGUUUAGAGGCAUUUUGGGGUAGGGGUCAUCCGUGGUGAAAGGAAGAGGAAUAGUCAAGGAAACCUUUUCCCAAAAAAACGCCAAAAAAUCUUGUUCCUGGUUGAAGAAAAACAAGUAUUUUCAUUUGAGUUUUCUUAACUGCAUGAAAACAAAGGAAUGUCCACAGUAGGUAUGUAACAUAAACGUGUGUGUGUGCGCGUGUGAAUGAUUAUUUCAAUGACACUAUCUACUUGAAUAGUGCUACGGAGACCCGUGCUUUGAAUGUUAGGAAAUAUAACGUUUUGCUGAGGGAUUUGAAUUUCAGAAAAUGUUUGCUUGUUCCAAAGACAUGGAGAACGAGUUCCAUACCCUGGCAUCAGUUGACACCCUGUGCACAAAUCCAAAAAGAACUGGCCUGAAAAAUUAUGGUGUCUUUAGAGUGAAGGCCCUGGCAUUUUCCAUGCUAAAUUUGACUUUGUUGGGUCAUGCUGCUGUGUUGAUUGGUCACUGCAGGGAAAACGUAUUGAUUGGUGUUUGUGUAUACAAAAAUAUGACACCUCUGUGCAACACCUACUGAUCCCUUGCAACAAUGGACUUUCCAAUUACUGACAGAAAUCCUCAUUUUUAUUUCAUUUGUUUGUUUAAUACUGCCAAUGGGUAUCCAAAUUGGAGUUUCUUUUUAUGAAUCAAACAUAUUCCUGUUUUACUUAAGUACUCCAUGCUUUUGGUGGAAGAUUCUAAAGGCCCCAUGCUAAAAACUGUUGUAAUGCAGUUCUUGUGUGCACAUUGUUGUCCAAUUUACCCCAUUUUAAGUGUUAUUUUGCCAUUUCCUCCUUUUUUUCUCAAGUUAACAUAAAAUCUAAGGGACAUCUUAUCCACUGCAAAUAUUCAGUCAUGAUUGUGACAAUUUACAUUCACCAAAACAUUGCAUCUCAUAUCACAGGGUGUUGGAAAUCACUUCUCAUGCUAUAAAAAUGUCCUGCCAUUUCUUGGUGACAUCUUAUUAAACACACCCAUGUAGUCUUCAACCCCUGCCUUGCCAGAACUCUUUAUGGGGCAGCAUAGAUGCAGUUUGCAUUUAAGGUUGUGUAGCAUGGAACUGUGGAACGUGCCCAAAGCACUAAGUGGUUCGUACAUGUAGUUCCUUUGGCAGGUGCCAGUUUGUUAGGCAUAGUCAGAAAAUGUCAUGCUGAGCUAGGUCUACAUCUUUGAUGUAUGAGAAUCUUGGGCACAUCCACGACCGCACCCCUCCACGGACACAUUCUUACAUUUGUACUCUUGUGGGGAAAUUCCUUUGUUCUCACGUAGUAAAAAUUUGUUUGUGAAGUACAGUAUUCAAAUUGCUUCUUCGUGUAUUUGGUCUUGAAUCAUUUUCCUUGGCUAAAUUUUCGACCGAACAUCCGUUGUAUAAAACACUUCAAUUUCAGUUCAAUAAAGACAAUUUGAAAAUGCCGUAUUUGUGAGUAAAUUCCAAAUACAUGUAUCAGUUUUGUGGAGUUCUUGUGGGGUACCAUUUUAAGUACCCCACAAGGACAAUG